UUUAAUAUGUAUACAGUUAAGGACAUAGAUAAUGAGUGUUUCAUGUACCAAGUGAACAUUCUUUUCUAGAACUUUAUAACAAUAUAAAAUAAAAUUAUGUGUUACAAUUUUUGAAAACACAGAAUCUAUUAUUGGACUUUUAAUCAAUUAAUUUAAUUUUUACUUUCACAUUCAAAAAUGUCGACGUGUCGGAUUUAUUUGUCUGGUGCUCAUAGUACAGGGAAAACAACCAUACUUAAUGACUUAAAGCCUUUCUUGAACGUGCAGUUCGAAGAAGAAAUUGCGAGAGGUGUGAUUAGGAAAUUCGGCUGGCAACGUGAGGAUUUCUUACCCGAAACACAACCUGAAAAUUUUCUUAAAUUGAACGAGGAAAUUAUACGACGACAAAUACAGACUGAAGAGGAAAAUAGCUUUAUGUCUAAAGACUUUAUUGCUGAUCGUUGUAUUGACCCUUUGAUUUACGUGCACACAUAUAUUGGAGAUGAAGCAUUGAGAAAACUUCGUGAAAUACCAGGAGUAUUGGAAUGGACAGAUAGGUUAAAAACAGCUUUCAUAUUUGUAAUAAAACCACAAAAGGAGUGUAUUGUGGACGAUGGAGUUCGACUUUCACCGAAACUUAAAGAACUUGAUGUCUUUCACAACAGUAUACUUCGGGAAUACAAACUCCUAGGAAUUCCUGUCUUUGAAAUUACAGAACUUGAUAGACAAAAAAGGAAAGCGUUUAUAUUAGAAAAAAUACAGGAAAGAUUUCCUAGUGUUUUGAUUUAACUCCAACU